UUUUCCGUCCGAUUAGCUGUCCACGCAAAGGAGCGGUUGGCCAGAGCAGAAAACAAAAGGAAUAGGGGUAAUCGUGAAGGAAAAGAUUGGUCAAAGUGGAUUUGCACUUCCACUUAUACCGAUUCUUACGUAUGCGUUUUAGUUUAUGAGUAAGUUUAUGUCUAUUGUUCUCGUGUAACAUGUAUGUUUUUUUUUGAUUAUGUAUAAGUUCUAUGGUUAUUAUUCUACCAUAUAGUAUAAAUGGAAAUCAACGUAAAGUCGGAAUGCAAGCAGAAAAAAAAGUUUGUAUCAAUCAGCGAGUGGGUAUGUUCAAGGGAAUUGUAACCUGCGAUCAAUCAUAAUGGACCGCGCACUCGGUCAAAGCUUAUGUUAUUAUAACUACGCUAUACCGUAUACUAUAUAAAAUGUAGCCUACUAUAGCAGGACUUUUCUUCCUUCUUCGAUUUCGGAUAAUUUCUUUGGAUUUUUCUUUUUCCUUGCGUUGGGAUAAUUUCUUAAGAUUCUUAAGAGUUUUCUUUUUUCUGGAAUGAUUUUUUAGAAUUCUUCGUUCUUUUUCUAUUGGAAUAAUUUCUUAUUUUUCUUUCUUCAGUUUUAUAGGAAAUUAUUGGGUGGGUUUUUGGUCUCCUUGGUUUGAGUGAUCUAUAAUGAUUCUUCUUUCCUUUUGCGUUCGAAGUUCCUACGAUGAUCUGGCUUAUCUUCUUCAUCGAAUAAGUCUCCGUUUCUUUCCUUUUUCUCUUACGUUGGGAGAUUCUGCGAAAGAUUUUAAAAAGACAUUUGAGAAUUUCUGUGUUUCGUGAUUUAACUCCGCUACGUAUAUAAAACCAUAGUAUCUCGGUUGAAUAGAUACGCGAAGGUCAGAUUGAACCAACUAGUUCCCACUGAGAACGGUGUCAGAAUUCAAGUCGUAUUAAAAUAUGAUCUCCUGAUAAUCCAUUAAUACCUCUGAAUGCAUUUAACGAAGAGAAAGAGGACAUAACAAUCUAUAAAAUAAUCUAUACGAUAAACGUAUGAAAUACAAGAAUUAUGAAAUACAAGACAACGAGAUCUUUAAAUUUUAAAGGUAUUACAAGAGAAAGAUAUUAGAGCGAUAUAAAUAUCGAUAUAAAGAUAUCUUCAGAUAUACACACCUGCUUUUAAUCAUACCUUCGCAAAAUACAUUGGCGAAGAUCAAAGUUUCUUGUAUCUUAUCUCUUCCAAAGAUACACUUCAAGACACCAUUUUUCCGCUAACAAGUUAUUUUAAACUCUCAAAUAUUUCCCAAAAUUCAGAAACUUAAAAAUUGUCUCUGAUAAAGAUCUACUCUGAUCCACGGUAAGUCUGAUCGAUCCUUGCACCUUCUACACCUCCGAAAAAAAGUUGCGUUUCUCCCAAAAUUCUUGGAAUUGUCGAAAAUUCACAACGAUAUCUGAGAUUAGUAUUACGUAGCUCGCCAUGUACGCUAGUAAAUGUGUACGGUAAGACGAGGAUCUUGCUAGGACAGGUAGUUGGUCAGCGGCUUCGGUGCAGAACGGUAUACCAUGGCGGCCACCAAUCGAAAGUCGCGAAUCGCCAUCGUCGGGGGUGGUUUGGUUGGUUCUCUGGCAGCUUGCUAUUUCGCAAAAAGAGGCCAUUCUGUGAACAUUUACGAGUAUCGCGCAGACACCAGAGUGGAGUAUUCUCGAGGCCAGAGCAUUGACUUGGCUGUGUCGAUCAGAGGGAGGGAAGCUUUAAGGGCAGUUGGUCUUGAAGAGGCAGUGAUCAGUCAUGGCAUUGCUAUGCAUGGUAGAAUGAUCCACAACAAGGAUGGUACCCUGAAGGACAUACCUUACGAUAUUGUAAACGGAAAUUGCAUUUACUCAGUCAGCAGACGACGCUUAAACAUAGUUCUAUUAAAUGCUGCCGAUAAAUACCCAGAAGUGAAUCUUUUCUUCAACAAGAAAGUGGUGGAUGCGGAUUUAGAUAAUGGGAAGCUGAAGAUACUAGACACGAAGACUCAAAAAACAGAAGAGGUAAAGGCGGAUUUGAUAAUCGGCGCCGAUGGUGCUUACUCGACUAUCAGAAGAGUAAUGGCGAAGAGGCCGCUGUUCAACUUUAGUCAAACAUACAUUGAACAUGGUUACGUCGAAUUAUUCGUCCCCAUUGGGAAAAAUAACGAGUUUGCGAUGAGUGGUCAGCAUUUUCAUAUUUGGCCACGGGGACAAUUCAUGAUGAUAGCCUUGCCUAAUGACGACCAUACAUUCACUGGUGACAUAUUCGCCCCUUUCUCGACGUUGGACAAGUUGAAGACGCCGCAGGAUCUCUUGAAGUUCUUCGAAGAGCAAUUUCCGGACCUACUGCAAUUAAUUGGAAGGGAGAAGAUAGUUAAGGAUUAUUUCGACAAGGAACCAAAGACAUUGAUUACUAUUAAGUGCAAACCAUAUCACGUUGGAAAAACGCUUCUCGUUGGGGAUGCUGCUCACGCCAUGGUGCCUUUCUACGCCCAAGGAAUGAACACGGGUUUCGAGGAUAUUUUAUUACUGGAUGAGUUAAUGGAACGCUACGAUUCAGAUUUCAGUUUGAUUCUUCCAAAGUUCACGGAACUUCGAUGCGAGGACGCACAUGCUAGUUCCGAUCUUGCCAUAUACAAUUAUAUCGAGAUGAGAGAUCUGGUAACGAGGAAAUCGUUCCUUCUUCGAAAAAGAUUAGACACGUUCCUGUAUAGACAAAUUCCAAAUACAUGGAUACCACUUUAUAAUACGGUUCACUUUUCAAGGAUGAAGUUUCGCGACUGCGUCGCGAACAAGGAAUGGCAAGACAAGAUCGUACGCAGGGCUGGCUGGUGUACACUGUUCUUGAUUUUUGGAAUACUGGCGGCUCCUGUAGUUGACGCAUUUGCAAGAAAGAGCAUUUCCUAUUGAAUACAAAUAAAUAAAGUGUACCAUUACCUGGAUGUAGAAGUGUGUCCAUUGCUUUUGCAAUAAGAUAUUAUCGUUUAAUAUUAUGGCGAUCCUUUCAAAAGGGUCCUUAGAAAAUGAAUUAUACGUUUAAGUUCCAUACAAAUUUUAAUUCUUCUGCUAUCUUUUUUAUUACAGAGGAUUAAUUAAUUAUUUAUAUAUUUGGUUUAUUUGUAAAUGUCUAUUUGUAAAUUUGGUUUAACAUUUUCACUUAUUACCAUUUUUUUCUGUACUAAUAAAUAUUAAUUACGAAAUAUAUAAGCUAAAAAUGAUACAUUCAAUACU